GACGAGGUGCGAUGCUCUCUGUGAUCACCUCCCCCCGGUAUUUCCUGCGGUAAAUCGAUUCCUCUUCUUUGUCUGAACGUCUAUUUCCUUUUUUAUUUCUACGUCAUCUUUGUGGUGGCGCAUUUCCGCCCUCACCUCGCCGCCGCAUCCCAACUCCGUGGUCUGGCCCGCACCACGAUCUGGUGGGUUGCGGUGUUCUUGCAAUGAGCCUGACCUCGCGCAUCUUCGGCCUGUUUACGACGACAGAGACAUUGAACUCGGAUUCUGCGUCGUUGGCUUCAUCCUCCCCUUCCUCCGCCCCGAAUGUCGGUUCCGUCAGCAACAAUGGCUUCACAGCGUCGAGUACAUCGGUAAUUGACUUGAAUCAACCGACCACAAUGCCCGAGGAAGACGAACCUCGUCCACCGUACCUAAAUGCGAUGCUGGCUGGAGGUAUCGGUGGAACAUGCGGUGAUAUGCUUAUGCACUCGCUCGAUACGGUCAAGACUCGGCAGCAAGGCGACCCGCACUUCCCUCCCAAGUAUACAUCGAUGGGUUCCUCGUAUGCGACUAUUUUCCGUCAAGAAGGGUUCUUCCGUGGACUUUAUGGGGGUGUUACGCCGGCUUUUUGGGGUUCGUUCCCCGGUACGGUGAUCUUCUUUGGUGUUUAUGAAUUCACCAAGAGGCGGAUAAUUGAUGCGGGGAUUAAUCCGAGUAUUGGAUAUUUGACCGGAGGGUUUAUGGCCGAUUUUGCCGCUUCGAUUGUCUAUGUGCCCUCGGAGGUGUUGAAGACACGACUCCAGCUCCAGGGACGAUACAACAACCCUCACUUUUAUUCCGGAUACAACUACCGUUCUACCACCGACGCCUUGCGCACUAUCGUUCGCCAAGAGGGCUUCUCUGCGCUUUUCUACGGAUACAAGGCGACGAUCUUCCGAGACCUUCCGUUCUCCGCUUUGCAGUUCGCUUUUUACGAGAAAUACCAUAAGAUGGCAAUUGACUGGAUGGGUACCCGGGACAUUGGUUUAGGAUUGGAGAUUCUGACUGCCGCCACCGCAGGUGGUAUGGCUGGUGUGAUUACCUGCCCCAUGGAUGUGGUCAAGACCCGAGUCCAGACCCAGCAGAACCCCGAGAGCAGCUCCCCCAAACCCACGGAGCAAGCACCCCGACAAAAUGCCAGUCAACAGAGUCUCCGCGCACAAGCGCGGUCGAUUUCGACAUCACCAUCGUCGGGGUCGAUGCCGCCGCCGUCGCAUGGAGCACCACCGCCUGGUACUGCUCGCCUUGAUACCUCGUCAUUCUUCACGGGAUUGAGGAUGAUCUACCAGUCUGAAGGCCUCGCAGGCUGGUUCCGCGGCGUGGGACCCCGUGGUGUGUGGACUAGUAUCCAGACCGGUACUAUGCUGGUGACGUACCAGUACCUGUUGAAGCAGUUCGAGGCUUGGCAGGGCUCCGAUGAGGCGGCGAACCCUCUGUAAAACAAACCAAAAACUAAUGGAGUCCCUCCAACGAGACUACGAUGGACGGACCCAACAAAAAACCAGCAGAUGAAUGAUGGAUGAUAUAGCUCAAUAUGUAACCGGAGCAUAUACAUUGGAAGGGCGUUCCGGCAUGAUUGUGAUUGUGACAUGAAAUUUCCUCCCUCUUGGUGGAUCUUUGUAUUUUAUCUACUUUUCUCUUCUUUUGUUCACAUUUUGCUUACUUUUCUGAGCGGUAUGGGAUGGCGGCAUCUUCGGGCCUUGUCUGGAUAGGAUGCUGGAUGGAUUGCAUACUAGACUUGGGAGAGAUGGGUUGGGAUAGUUAUGGCUGUAUCAUAGACUAGAGAUGAAUAUAUACAUAGACUGUACUUACUC